AUGCCCAGUUUUCAUGAAUUCGCUGUGCCCGUUUAUACACCAUACCCACGCCCCGUCCACAUACCCAACCCUCAGUGCACGCCCUAUCCAAAUACCCAACCCUCACGUGCAUGCCUCGCCGAUAUACCCAACCUUCACGUGCACGCCCCGUCCACAUACCCAACCCUCAGUGCACUCCCCGUCCACAUACACAACCCUCACGUGCACGCCCCGCCCACAUACCCAAACACUCACCAACGCGCCACGCCCUCGAGCCCAACCUCCGCCUACAAGCCACGCCUCUUCCUCCCGCCAGGCCCUCUUCACCUGGGUCUCCUCCGCACGUACGUUUCCCCGCCGCCACCUGCCUCUGGCCUUCGUCGCCUUCGCCUUUCGGGGGGAAGCUUUGGGUUGCAAGGCCGGCGCUCAUGA